GCCGGCACCUGACACACCUGUUGUGCGUGGCAGACUGUGUUUGAUACCGCAUGGACUGGACAUUUAUGUGUUGUUGUUUUUUAGUUCAUGUUGUGCUAAGGAUUCGUUACGUAGGAUAUAGCGAAAUGCGAAAUAUGGACUUGUGUCUUUGAAUCACGAUUAAGGUCUUUUUAAAAUAAAUUCAUUGACUGUAGUAUUCGCAAUCCAUCAUGAACAUCUUCCAAGUAUUUUCUUUGUUCUUCGCCCUAUCUCUGGUUAUUGUCUUGCCCGUAAGUAAGGCAGAAGGAAGCGAGAAAGGAGAUGAAGAGAAAGGUGGAGUAGGAAGGGAAGAGGGAUUAAACCAAUUUCGCAGAGGCAGGAUUCUAAAUUCAGGGUCUCAGACAGUGAAGGCGGAUUUGAGGGUCGAGUUCCAAAUGGUGGAUCUUCCAACUAGCCUGGGCAUCAUCACGGGCACGCAGGAGUUUACGGAGCAGCCGACGUCUCCGCCCACUACAGGAAGACCUUACUUUGCCUUCAGGGGAAUACCCUUUGCGGAGGCGCCGACGGGGAGGCUGCGGUGGGAGGACCCUGAGGAAGUGGGGGAGGCGCCUUGGCCAGGGGGUCGCCUGGACGCCACCCAGCACCGCCCCUUCUGCUCCCAAUACGACUACGAUGCGAACCAAGUCGUCGGCGAUGAAGACUGCCUGUUUCUCAAUGUGUACACUCCUUUCUUACCGGGUCAUGCACGGGAACGGUUACCAGUAUUAGUGUUUCUGCAUGACGGCUGGUACUUGAAAGGAGCUGCAUCCUCUCUCGGUCCCCAGAAGCUCCUGAGGGAGGAUAUUGUCCUUGUCACGACCAACUUUCGCCUGGGCGCUCUUGGAUUCCUAAGCACCGGGGAUACGACUCUGGCGGGCAACUACGGCGCCCUGGACCAGGUGGCAGCCCUGCGCUGGGUGCAGGGGAACGUCGCUCAGUUCGGCGGCGACCCCAGCAGGGUGACGCUCGGGGGCUUCGGGUCGGGAGCCUCCUUCGUCCACCUCCACAUGCUCUCGCCGCUCUCCAAGGGACUCUUCUCGGGCGCCAUCAUGAUGAGCGGCGCCGGGAACUGCCCUUGGUCGACCUCGCAGGAGCCCUGGGAAGUGACCUACGACCUGGCACGGAACCUGGGCUGCUCCACGUGGCCCUCGUCCAGCCUCAGGGAUUGCUUGGAGGAGAAGUCGCCUCGGGACAUCCUCAGGGCGCAGGCUGACAUGCAUAGGUACGUGUUCUGGCCGAUGCUGUUUAGACCAUCAGUGGACGGGGGGCUGAGGGAGGACCCGUUCCUGCCAGAGUCCGUCGAGAUCCUCAUGACGCAGCCUCCAGCCUCCCCUGUUCCUCUCCUCAUUGGGGGAGUUCCUGACGAAGGCAUCCUCCUUGCCCUUACCAUCACCAUCUUCGCGGAGAGCGCUGGGAGUCCGAGCCAGACCUACGACGAAGGCGGUUCGCUAUGUCUUCGAGAGCCUAUGGUCAAACUCCACUAAGGACGACGUCGCCACCGUGGCUUCUGCUGCCGAGGCGUUCUACUACUCGGAGCAGGCUAAGGACGACCUCAGUACGCUGGCUGAAGAGAUGAGUGAGGCCAUGACAGACCUCUGCUUCACCUCGUGUGUGUGGGACGCCGCCUCCUACUUCGCUGCUUCCUCCAGAUCACCUGUUUACAC